CCCCUCCCCCCCCCCUCCUCCCCAUCUUUCAACAACAGCCUUCAGGCAUUUGGUGUGACCUGGGCAAAGUCGAAUUCAACUUCACCUUUCCCCCUCUCCACCUUCCGCCUGUAUUCUGAUUGUUCGACUUCUUUCUGAAUAUUCUCGUCAUGGCUUACGGUGACGACAUCGUUGGGGACCGCAAAUCCCAGUCCGGGAUGGACUUCGAGAAUGAGAAGAAGGGGGAUCUCUACUCCCCCCAGUAUGAGGGCGAUAUGGUCGACAAGAUGAGCGACACGGAGCGGAAUAUUGUCGAGGCUGGCAUUCAAAAAUACAACCGUCUGGGCUGGAAACGCCUGACGGUGGUGAUGAUUGUCGAGGCCAUUGCCCUGGGUAGUUUGUCGAUUCCCUCCGCCUUUGCUACGCUGGGCAUGGUGGCCGGUGUGAUCACGACGAUUGGCCUCGGGUUUGUUGCCAUUUACACCAGUCACAUUAUCGGUCAAGUCAAGCUCAAGUUCCCCGACGUUGCACACUAUCCCGACGCUGGCCGCCUGAUGUUCGGUCGCUUUGGCUAUGAGAUUAUCUACGUCAUGCUCGGCCUGGAAUUGCUGUUUCUGACUGGCUCGCACUGUUUGACCGGCACCAUCGCUUUCAUUGACAUCACCGAGAGCAGUGUGUGUUCCAUCGUGUUUGCUGUGGUCUCCGCCAUCCUCCUGCUUCUCUUGGCCAUUCCGCCCUCAUUCGCUGAGAUGGCCAUUCUGGGCUACAUCGAUUUUAUCUCUAUUAUCGUCGCAAUUGGUAUUACCAUGAUUGGCACGGGUGUUGAGAGCACCAACCAGCCCGGGGGACUGUCGGCAGUUAACUGGUCUGCUUGGCCCAAGGACGACAUCAGCUUCACCGACGCUUUUAUUGCCAUCACCAACAUCGUUUUCGCCUACAGUUUCGCCCUGUGCCAGUUCUCCUUCAUGGAUGAAAUGCACACUCCCAAGGAUUACAUCAAAUCGAUCUGGUCCCUGGGUAUCAUCGAGAUUGUCAUCUACACCUUGACUGGUGCGAUCAUCUAUGCCUUCGUUGGUCAGGAUGUCGCCAGCCCGGCUCUCACCUCGGCGGGUCACACUCUUAGCCGUGUUGCGUACGGUGUCGCCCUCCCCGUCAUCUUCAUCAGUGGUUCGAUCAAUACGGUGGUGCUGGGCCGUAUGAUCCACGGUCGCAUCUUCAAGAACUCGCCCAUCCGCUUCAUCAACACCAAGAUGGGCUGGAUCACCUGGUUGGCCGUGAUUACCGCCAUCACGGUGGUCGCUUUCAUUGUCGCCGAAGUGAUCCCCUUCUUCUCCGACUUGCUGUCCAUCUGCUCCGCCCUCUUCGUCUCCGGCUUCACCUUCUACUUCCCCGCGCUCAUGUGGUUCAUGCUCCUGCGCGAGGGCAGCUGGUUCACCCGGAAGAACAUGAUGCUGGGGGCUAUCAACCUGAUCUGUCUGUUGAUUGGACUGAUCACGCUCGGAGCGGGCACCUACGCCAGUGUGGACGAUAUCGUCAACAACUACAAUUCCGGCAGUGUCCGUGGGGUCUUCACCUGCGCGGCUCCCGAAUAAGCGAAUUCCUCCCAUCAUCAUUUCUGCUAGCCGUCUAGACAUAGCCUUAGCGUUGUUUUGCAUUUUCUUUUUCUUUCUUUCUACUUUCGAUACAUAUCGGCGUUGCAGGCCCGGGGCCUGUGGCGACACAUCUCUUGCAUGGUGUUGCUGUGACUCUGCGAAUACCCAGUUUGCGGGCUGUAUAUACGUUUUUCUUUUGGACAGGAUUGUGAAUAUGCUGCAUCUGAUGUACUAUAUGUCUAUGAUUAUGAUUACAUAUUAUAAGAUCGGAUACUCUUCUCUGAACUUUUU